GGCAGUGCCCGCGACGUAUACACACACCUCUACGUACUCUACGCGCCGGUGAAACAAUGGUAGCGAGUGCGUCGUGAAAGAUCCGCCGAACGGGAUCCGCGAGAAAACAUACCGAAGGAAAUAUCAUAAGCGCGAAAAGUUCCUUUCGAUCUUUACGAUCGUAGCAAGUGGUGGAUUCUUUCGGUGUGUGGCGGGGUGCAGCCCUUGGCCGCGAACGGGCGUAACAGUGAUCCUGUGGCAGGAGAGAUCUGCCGUUUCGGCACACAACAUCCGCCCGUAGUCUCCACAAACUUAAACGUAAACGUCGACUGAUCGACGCAGAUAUUAUCGUGAUUUGACGACGGUGUUUCCUCUGUGUUUUAUGCGUGCGUCUGCGUGCGUGUGCGCGCAUAUAUGCCGGGCGGUGCGCGAAACGUAACGCACAGACAGGGUGGACCGUAGACAAGCGACGACACGAUGUUCCCAUGGUCGCGAAAAGUGCGAGAAAAGUGAUUUGGCGACGUUAUAAAUGCGCAUAUCUCGAUACGACGCAUUUACGAGCACCUAGUCACAUACGCACACGCGUUACGUAUUCCAGGAUAAUGAUGCUGUUUUCGGGAGGGAAUCGUCGAAGGCUUCCUUGAACGUGCAUUAUCCUAUCUCGAAUCUGGAACGACGAGACGCAAGCCGAUCCGAGACUGAAGAGUCCUGCGGGCGAGAAAGAGAGAGAAAGAGCGAACCGGCAUUCUUUUCGUUUCGUUGCAUUUCAUUUCCCUGACGGUUGACGGACAGACAGCCAGCCAGACAGCAAGCUAAGCAACUCGCCCGCGAUAAACACUUCGAUAGAGUGAUAUGUUAACCGAGGACAAUGAUCCGACAAAACCAGCAGGGGUUUUAGACAAUGCUGGCAACGUGUCUUCCUCGACAGAAGCCUCGGUACAGCAUCCUCGCGCUGCAAAUAAUGAGACCGAAGUUAAAAACGAGGUGCAGGACUGUCCCGAAAACGAUAGCGUUCCCAGCGGUGAACUUUACAUCGAUGAGAAUGCCGAGGAGAAGGAGCAGGAGUAUCCGGAUUCGAUGGAAAAGGCGGAUUAUGGAUCCCUAUAUGAUGCCAAUCAAUAUUACAACAGUCUAUACAAUCCGCCGCCUUACGGAUCGACGACAGUUUCGAAAAAUGCGAGCUUGCAGAGCACGUACCUAAACUCUUACACAUCGUCGAGCUCGAUGACGCAGUACACACCUUAUGCCGGUUACAACAGCGGGACGACAACAUUCCCGAACGUCGCGCAAAAUAUAUCAUCGGCUACUCAGAAAUUAGACUAUAGCGCUUACAGCAGUAGUUUGUACGGAAACGACAGGGUACCGCUUCAGUAUUCCGGAUAUUAUCCUGUACCCGGUUACCACGCACCGCCGGCCUCUUUCAACAUCGGCAACAUCAACUUUGCUGAAGAUUCAACAAAGUCCGCGCUCACGGUGGACCCGACGACGCACGAUGCAAGCGAUUUAACCGCACGGGAAACGGCAAAUAUCGAAGUGGCGACGACGAAGCCGUGUAGGCGCGGAAGGAGACAGAGCGGAAGCGGAAACAGUAUCGGUUCCGCGGACACGACGGAAGCCGGCCCCGAGCGUAUAUUCAUUUGGGACCUGGACGAAACCAUAGUUGUGUUUCACUCUCUGCUGACCGGGCAAUUCGCCUCGAAGCACCGUAAGGAUCCGCUCCUCCUAUCCCAAGCGGCAUACAGAAUGGAGGAGAUGAUAUUCAAUUUGGCAGAUACGCACUUUUUCUUCAAUGAUGUCGAGGAUUGCGAUCAAGUGCACAUAGAUGACGUAUCGUCGGACGAUAACGGGCAGGAUUUGUCCUCCUAUAACUUCGCGACUGACGGCUUCCAGUGCGCGACCGCGAACAAUGGGAUAUGCCUGGCAUCCGGCGUACGAGGCGGCGUCGACUGGAUGAGGAAGCUUGCAUUUCGCUAUCGCAUAAUUAAAGAGAUCUAUUCCAAAUAUCGCAACAACGUGGGCGGUUUAUUAGGCACGGCCAAGCGCGAACAGUGGCUGCAGUUGCGUUCCGAGAUCGAGGUUCUGACCGAUAAAUGGUUGACGUCGGCCGUCGAGUGUCUCAACAUCAUCAAUAAGAGAGAUCACUGCAUCAACAUCCUGGUAACGACCACGCAGCUGGUGCCCGCGCUUUCCAAAGUCUUGCUAUUCGGCAUUGGCGGGAUAUUCCCCGUUGAAAAUAUAUAUUCGGCCUCUAAAAUCGGAAAGGAGAGCUGUUUCGGUAGAGUGGUCGCCCGAUUUGGACGUAGAUGUACGUACGUGGUGAUAGGUGACGAUUCAGACGAGGAGACGGCAGCGCGAGCGCAUAACUUUCCCUUCUGGAGAAUAAAUAGCCAUUCGGAUACUCAAGCCCUGUACAAUGCCUUAAAAAUGGGGUUCCUUUAAUCAAAAUAAAAAUACAUAUAUAUGAAGAGAGAAUACACAAGAUCAGGAAGCGGGGUUUCGGUUAUACGGAAGAUUACAUUGCGUCUAAGCAAGAAAAACCAGCGAUGAAAUCAUGUUUAACUGUAUUUCUUCUUCUCCCUCUUUCUUUAAAACAGUUUUUAUCAUUUCUAUAACUUAUCGUGUGUAAUAUAUACGUAAAAGGAAGCUAAACGCCUCCAUGUCAUGGCUAUAUUCGCCGAUAUCGAAAUAUUUCACAAGCUCGAUAGGACGUCGACACGUUCGCAAGUGAUAUAGAAUGAAAGUAAGAUUUUUAGUGAUAACGAGCAAAAAAAUUCAGAAAAAAGUUCGAAUACAUAAAAACUUAUGUACAAGAUUCUUGCAGACUUUUGGCUUUAGCGUCGGCUCUGUAGUCGCACAUGUACUGUAUAAACUAAAACGAAAUCUGCGAAAAGUAUACAUAUACCCUUCUUUUAUGUACUUAAUUACAUUACAUCUGAAUCCUUUUAUUUUUGCAAUGACGACGAAAUCAAACAAUUUUUACUAAUGUACGAUAAUAGAUUUUAUCAGAAACCAAUGAGUUUUCAUUACGACUUGUUCACUACCGAUAUUAUUUUUCAUGUGAAUUAAUAGUUUAGUUAUUGUUUGCUUAAUAAUUGUUACGAUACUUUUACGCGUAAGACUUUUACAAAGAGUUAAUUUAACGGUUCGAUACAUUUCCACUUUUAUCUUCAUGUACACAUAGUAACAAAUGUAUUCGUAUUCGUAUCACGUUCAUAAUUUUUACAUUCCUUUAGUCUGUAUGUAUGCAGAUAUAACUAUAAGCAACAUUAUUUAUGUAUAUUUUGAAAGUAUCCAUAUCAAUUAAACAUUACUACAUGCUCUUUACUGGAUAUAAAUGCACACAUGCUCUAGGAAAAGUUAUUUAUAUAUUUGUAAAAAUAUUAUAUAGUUAUUAUCGCGUAUUUUGAACUUGUACAAGGCUAUUUGACAAACAGAAAAAUGCAUUAAUUAAUAUAAUAAAAGAAGAAACGAAUUAGUAUAGUUACUAAUUACGGUUGAUAUCGUUAUGUGUAAAAACAGUUUAUAAAAAUUUCUGAAUAUAUAUCGUAUUAUUCGUUAACAAAGCUAUUAAUAAAAAUAUAAUUAAAAAUAU